AUAAACGUGCCUGCACGUAGCUUUACUUUUCUAUAUAAGUAUAGACCCGUAACUUGACAAAAACCGGUAUUUGAGAGCGAGUUAAUCACGUUCAUAGACUGUGUUAUAACGAUGCUCAAGCAAUUUUUUAUAUUGCUUGCUGUUGUGACGUUAAUAGAGGCGUCGAAACAAUGCCUGAACUUAUUGCCAGGAAUCUCAAAAAUUGUCAAAGGAGUGGACAUAUCAAAACUUGACCUUUUACCUCUGGACUUUACCAUUAACGAUGGGAUCCUCAAUCCGGUGUUCGCGUUGACGUGUGACCAAGGGAAGACGUGGAAAAGUCCAAAGGGCAUCGAUUACGACAUGCCAGAUCAGAUUUGGACAAUCAACUCGGUGCCGGGUGGGUAUAUGUCCUCUGAGGUCAGCACAUUCCAGUCCUACAGCGAAGUCAGAGAUUCUAUGAGUGUCAGCGUUGGUCUAGAUAUAGAUUACAAGUUGUUUGCUUUCUCUGCAAGUUCAACCUAUAAAAAAAUGCAAUCUUUAAUCACCAACAGUUCAAAGUUUUUGUCGGAAGUUACGGCAUUCACCGGGGCAACUCGUGUUGAUGUUCUCCCACCUGAAAAAUUAGAGUUGGAUAGUAAUACACAAAAUUACAUUGACAACAUGCUCACCGGGACCUACGAAAGUAACCAGCAAGCUUAUGACACUUUUGUCGAAGAGUACGGUACACAUUACUUUGCAACGGGCGAUUUUGGAGGCUAUGUCAGAAUGAUUUUUGAGGUAACGCAAGAAUACUUUUCCAGUAGAACUGAGGUCGACAUUGAGACAAAUGCUAAAGCUUCAUACGCGCAUAUGAUAACCGUUAGUACCAGUGUCUCUACUUCAAACGCAAAAAUUGACGAGUCGUUCAAAUCAAGUACAAAAAAUACCGUUAAAUUUUAUGGAGGCGAUACAAAUAACCUCAACAGUCAAGAUGGCAUUUCAAGAUGGCUCCCAACUGUAGAAAACGAUCCGUGGUUGUUCUCUGGCCAUCUAAAACCAAUCAGUGACUUGAUAAGAAACUCCACUAAAAAGUCAUCAAUUAUACAAGCGGUUGAACGGCAUUUGAUAAGAAACUAUCUCGACGAAUUACAAUCUCUUGUCCACGCGGCUAAAAAAAGGUCCGAUAAUUUCAUAAUCAACAAUUUUGCAAACCGUAUCAAUGAAAUAAAAAGUAGAGAAGAUGUUGCCAGAAGUAGUGUCGUUGCCUUUUCAAGUGAACUGUCUGAUUACAUGAAUGUCCCGUUAUGGUUUUUGAGCAACACAAAGAUUUGUUUGCAUUGGUCAGCAACUGGCGAUGUAAAUCAAUGUGGAGGUCCAAACGUCCAGCAAGAACUAUGUGCUAACGUUAACAAAAUGACGGACUGGUACCACGACGAGACAGAUCAACGAUCCGGUGGUUGUAAGAUGCAAUGGGCGGUCUUUUCCUCCGGGACUGAUGCCCGGUGGCUGAGCAGGGUACAGUUAUGCUAUCAAUGGGACGUAAGCAAGGCGAAUGUCAACUGUGGUUUUAUCCGGGACUACGUAUCCUGCGCAGACUUAAACAAAUACACGUAUGAGUACGUUGACGAUACAACCAAUAAUAAAGGGGGUUGCAAACUCCGAUGGAUGCUUCAGAUUCCAGACGAAGCUCCUUAUUGGAUGCGAGCAAUGCAUUUGUGCUUCAACUGGGAAUCCGAAGGUGACGCGGCACAAUGUGGUGGAGGCGCCCCACUAAAUCAAUGUGUACUGGCCAACCAAUGGACGCAGUACUACGUGGAUAACACGGAUGAUCGAGCCGGCGGCUGUAAGAUGAGCUGGGGACUAAAGACAUCCUAGUAACUUGAUAAAGUUUUAGACAACGUUGCUAAAACAUUCUAAGCUGACAUUAUAAAAACUUAAAAGAAAACUUUGCUUUGGAAUACUUAGUUAAAACACUUUACGAAGAUCUCCUCAUAACUUUAUUAAAGAAUACAUUGUUUUGGAUAAUCUAAUGGAAAGAUGAUAUCUUUACCCGGAAUAACUAAAUUUGAAUCAAAUAUUAAAUAAAUGAAAUGCAUCGGAA